AUGUCUUUGAAACAGGAAAUUGAGACCUGGGUGUCUGCUCUUGGUCGUUACGAUAAUAAUGAGUUCGAUGAAGCGUUGAAGGAGUUUGAUGUCAUUGCAGAUACUUCGAAGAUUCUCUUCAAUUGUGGUGUUAUUCAUGCGACAUUGGGAGAACAUGAGAAAGCGGUCGAAUGUUACCAAAAGGCUGUUCGUCUGGAUCAAUACCUGGCCGUUGCAUAUUUUCAACAAGGUGUUUCAAAUUUCCUGGUUGGCGAUUUCGAGGAGGCUUUGGCAAAUUUCAACGAUACUUUACUAUACCUGAGAGGAAAUAACAUGAUCGAUUAUGCCCAGCUCGGUCUUUUAUUCAAGCUAUAUUCUUGCGAAGUCUUGUUUAAUCGUGGAUUAUGCUACAUAUAUUUACAACAAAAAGACGCGGGACUGCAGGAUUUCUCUUUUGCCGUGAAAGAGAAGGUUGUCGAGGAUCACAAUGUCAUCGAUGAGGCAAUUCGUGAUGAAGCAGAGGGUUAUACCGUUUUCUCCAUUCCUGUAGGAGUUGUUUACCGGCCCAAUCAGGCCAAGGUCAAGAACUUAAAGACAAAAGACUAUUUGGGCAAGGCACGUUUAGUUGCUGCUUCAGAUCGUGCUAAUGCUUUCACCGGCUUUGCUGGUUCGGAAAUCAAGAAUGCGGGUAUAGUUCAACCUAAGGACGAUCGUCCCACGGAGAAUCUUUCAUUCGCCGCAGCGAACCUUGUAAAGCCAGGGAUAUCGAGUAAGAGACAACAGUCAGAACCACCUCUGAACCGAACCAUUUUCCCACCGACGCCACCGCCCGAGGCGGAGAAACCUUCUGGACCUCCACCUAUGAGUCGCGGGGCUUCGGUUCGAAACGGACCCAAACCCAUGCCACCCAAACUCAACAUCGAAAAAGCACGUCCUAACGAAGGCUAUGAGAUUCGUGACCGUGAUGAUGCAAGAAGCCCUCCGGAUGCAAGAAGUCCCCCCGACGCACGGCCCAGACGCGGGACUCAGCGAACAGCAUCUGAGCCAAGGGGACCAUCACAACUGCAAAAUUCCAGCACCAGAAGAUCCGAAUCACGCUCAAGACAAGCACCACCGCCACCCAGACGAAUGCAAUCAACGCAAGAGGAAGGUGAUGAUUACCCGGAGGAUCUUUACGACAUGUACAGUUCCCCCGGCCGAAAAUCGAAUAACUCUCGACGCAAUACUCGCAAUAGAUAUAUCGACGAAGAAAGUGAAUACGCAAGUGAAUACGACGAAGGAUCUUUUGACGAGGAUGAAUUCGAAAUGGUUUCCAGUCGCCCACCUGCUAGAUCCCGCACCACAUCCUCAGUUAAUAAUAGUAAUGGUCGAGCUGGCUCUCGGCAACCUGAUUCUCGGCAGCCUGAUAUCCGCAAAGUUCGUGUGAAGGUUCACGCCGAGGAUGUACGAUACAUUAUGAUAGGCUCGGCUAUCGAUUUCCGCGAUUUUCAAGACAAGAUAAAGGAGAAGUUUGGGCUGCGCGAUCGAUUCAAGAUUAAAGUUCGUGAUGAGGAUGUUCCUAAUGGAGAUAUGAUUACGAUGGGUGAUCAGGAUGAUUUAGAUAUGGUUUUAUCAAGCGUGAAAUCAAACGCUAAGAGAGAACGUUUGGAUAUGGGGAAAAUGGAAGUUUGGAUAGUAAAGGCGUGA